AUGGUUUACGUUAAUCCAGCCAUAUUGGAAGGCGUGCGCGCCGUGGCGAGGCAGGUCGCCGAGACUGGCACUUCGAUACUCACCUCAGCAGUAGUAUCGGCGACGGCCAUAGCGACGUCCUCAGCAACGGGCUCAGCAAUUCCGACAAGCGCCAGCUCUACUCUGGUAGCCGCUUCACCAACAUCAAUAUCGUCCACUUUUGUUUCUCCAUCCGCCACUGCCAACCCGUCAUCCGGGAAUAACAAUCAAAAGGAUGGUAACAAAGACGGAGGGUCCCAGUCGCCACUCUUGUUUUUUGUGGCACUGGGCUUCGGCGUCGUUUUCACAAACCUCUGGAUCAUUGUGGGCGUCAAGUACUGCUUUCGAUAUAAUGCUCGAACUCGUCAGAUGCGCAUGGCGGAGGAGGGCGACCAGAUCAACAUGGAGACCAUGCCUCGGCCGCACCGACGCCGUCGUGAGAAAAAACUAAUGACAAUAGACGAAGUCAACGAGAAAUUCCCCAUGCUCAAGUACAAGACUUGGGUUGCGAGCCGAGCGCGGGAUGGUCUUCCCACCAGUGGUGGCGUUUCAGCGCCUAGCCGACCGAAUAGUAUUCAUGACGCGGACGCUAUUUCUCGAGAGCUGCCGAACAAGGAGCGUAUGUCGACGGAGGGCCGGCCAACGACAAGCACCGUCGAACCUAUUGACCGGGACUCCAAGACCCCACAACACGAAGCCAAGGAGAGCACCUCCAGCACUGUGCCUUUGACCCAUGCUGUCUCAGAGGGAACGACGCCACCGAAGGAAGCCCGGGUUUCGCAUGACGAGGGCGAAGAGGAGGAGGAUCCGAUUGACGCCGCAUUGCCGCCGGAGUGCGAAGGCACCUCUGGUGACACCUGUGCUAUUUGCAUCGACACUUUGGAAGACGACGACGACGUACGUGGAUUGACUUGUGGACAUGCUUUCCACGCGGCAUGCCUUGACCCGUGGUUGACCAGCAGGCGAGCAUGCUGUCCGUUGUGCAAGGCCGACUACUACACUCCUAAACCACGCCCAGCCGGCGAACCAGUCGAUGGCCAACCUGGCGUUAUCCAUGUCACUUUAUCCAACGACCCACGAUCCAACCGCAUGAACAUGCCGAACAGACCGAGACAUGCUUUCUUCGGCCUAAGUCGUCCAGCAAGGACGGUGUAUGUGGUGUCUAACAACGACCAACGAGGGUCUCGGCGGCGCCACGGUGAACGAAGACGGGACAACGUUGCUGUCAGUCAACCUGCCUCUUCAACUCAAACCGACUCGAAUCGCGGCGCGGGGGGCAUGUUUGCAGGGCUUAGGGCUGCAUUCCCCAACUUUCGACGUAACAACGGAGGGCAAAACGCGGACGCAAAUGCCAACCCGACUGUGACGCCUUCUAAUCUCGAAGCGGGAGUCCGGCCUGCGGGCAACUAA